AUGAAUAUGCUUGGAUUAAACACACACCAAUCAUAUUUUCUUUGUCUUCUUUGUGUAUCUAUAGGAGUAUUUUCACAUUCAGUUCAUUCCAUGAGAUUUGAAUUACCAUAUACUAAUAAAUAUGGUAAAUCUGCAAGAUGCUUCACCGAAGAAAUAAACAAGAAUUCGAUGGUAGUUGGAAAGUACUCCAUCGUCGAUCAUGACAAGUUGCCUCCUAACUACACUAUCUCUGUUGAGGUUUCUACGCAUGGAGAUAGGCCAGAAAUAUUUCAUUUUGCCGAGAAUGUUCAAUUAGGGCAAUUUUCAUUUAUUGCAUAUAUAAGUGAACAAUACUUUAUAUGUUUUAUGGAUUCAACUCAUGACCCUAAAGUGACACUGUCUGUUGAUUUUGAGAUGAAAACUGGAGUCAAAACCUUAGAUCAGCCCAAUAUUUUAAAGAGAAGCCAAAUUGAUGGAAUGGCACGUGAGAUACAAAUUUUACAUGAAACUGCAUUAUCCAUACAUGAGGAGAUGUCUUAUCUUUUGCAACGAAAUACAGAAAUGUUAGAGCUUAACUGGAUAACAGGACAUAGAAUGAUCUCGUGGAUUUUCAUUUCAUUUUUUGUCACCUUCUUGGUUACUGGAUUACAACAAUGGCAUUUGAAGACCUUUUUUCGGAAAAAGAAACUCAUAUAA